AUGGGUGACUUCAAUGCGAAAAUCGGGAUACAAGAAGAAGGGAAGCAUAGGAUCGCGAGAUUUGGAACAGAACUCCGGAAUGAGAACGGCAACCGUCUUGUUAAGCUCUUAUCCACCACUUUUUCAUGGCAACUCCAUCUUCAUGAAAAAAGAAAAUCGGCGGUGGACAUGGGAAUCACCCAACGGUACGAUUCAUGCGGAGAUCGACCACAUUCUCACCAAUCAAAGGUGGUGCUUACUGGACGUCUCGUGGUACCAUCCUCCAGUAGUGGCUCAGAUCACCACGUCCUUCGAGUAAAAGUGCGAUUCACCGAAAGCUGGAGAAGAAAAUCUGCCACCGUGUUGGAGGAAGGAGGGAAGUCGUAUAUGACGGCGUCAGAUUGGAGGAGCUCCUGA